AUGGGCAACAGCUGUGCUAGGGUUGCUGGAGACGUUGAAAAGGGAGACGCCGAUGAGGGAGGGGCUGGCCUUGUUGGCAGUGGCACCCUGGGCACAUGUGUCAACGGAGAAGGCGCUGCCUCAGGCAUCUUCUCGGGUGGCUUAGGCACUGUUUCGGGUUGCAGGGGCGCUGCCCCUGGUUGCUUAAGCUACUUCUCAGGUCUCUUGGGCGUUAUCCCAGGUCGCUCGAGCAUCAUCUCGGGUCGCUCAGGCCCCAUCUUGGGUCGCUCAGGCGCUAUCUCAGGUAGUUGGGGUGCUAUCUCAGGUCGCUUGGAUGUCGUUUUUAGUGGCUCGGGCGCCGUCUCAAGUGGUUUGGGCGCCAUCUCGGGUAGUUGGGGCGCCAUCUCGAGUGGCUCGAGUGCCGUCUCGAGUUGCUUGGGCGUUACCUCAGGUUUCUUGGGUGCUGCCUCAAGUCACUUGAGUGUCAUCUUGGGUUGCUUGGGCGACGUGUCGUCCCCUUCUCCCUAG